AUUACCAGUCCUCUCCAGGAAUAAAAUCAUUAUUUCUUUAUUUACCACUGUUCAUUUAUUGACAUGGAAAGGUAACAUCUUUUUAUCAAAAUGAAUUUUAUGGAAAUAAAUGAAAAAAUAUGGAAAAAUAUAGAAUGGUUACUGAAAGAUACAAAAUGAUGCAUAGUAAAAUCAUUAUCUGGAUAUAGUGAUUAUCGUGUAUGUCACUGCAGGACUCCCAAGUUACUCACUGAACAAAUUAAUCCUUUUUAAUGGGAUCCCCAUACAUUGUCUUUAUUCUAAGGCUUAGUAAAGUUUGAGAACUGGGAAAGAAUCUGUAAAGGAACAUACCCUUUAUUCCCUCAUCUCCUAUGCAGAAAUAGGCUUUGAUCAGGACUAAUAAAGUGUUAUGCCCAUAUGAAUUAUUGAUUAUGUCCUGUGGUGCCUUUUAGUCAUCUAAAGGCAUUAAUGUGAAGAUUACCUCAUCAAGUCUGAAAUGGUGCAUUGUCUCUAUUCCACAGGGCCUCAUCUAAUUCUUUUUGUUUACAUGCUUUCAGAUAUUUAAUAGAAAUCUCAUUUGUGUGUGUGCGCGCACAUACACUUUUGCAACUAGUAAUUCGUGUAUUUCUGUCAUGUCCAGGUCCCAACUGCUUUUAUUUGGAAUAAAACCUCCAGUGGAUAGGCCUUUGAGUCUGUUUUCUCAUAAAAUACUUACUCUUGGACCCCUUUCAUGUAUCUGCUUCCAAACAUCGACCUUGCUAAUAAAUUAACUGAAUGUUGACCUUUGCUAGACCUUCCUCUUUGAUUUAUAAGAAUUGCAAUAUUUCUGUUCCCAAAAGUAAACGUUUUGUUUUGAGUCUGUUUUUAAAUCUUUAAAUACCCUUACUUGGUUUUGGCUGAAGAAUCUUGUUUUCCCUAAUGGAAGAAACAAGCCUGGAGUGUUAUGCUUCUUUUCAUGUGUUUACUUUGUCUAAACUGAGAAAUUUUUCACUGCAAGGGUAUUUAGAAAGUUUAGCAAAAAAACCCCAUCUGUUUUGGCAUGGAACCUACUUCAAUACAUAUGCCUCGUCUCCAUUACUGUUGAUUAUUCCCAGUAAAAUAGGACAUUUUUUCUCAUCAGUCUUAUUUUAAUACUUUAUUUUGAAAAUAAAUUAAAAUUUUAAAAUAAGCUGUCUUACAUAAAGUUAUAACAUUGAUCAUUCUGCUCGAUAAGGUUUACUGUACUUUUAAAAAGCAUGCUAACAUCACAAUACAGCAAAGUUGUGCUCUUAUAGAGAGAGUACUACUUUAUGCAUGCAAUAUGAAAUGAACAUUUUAGAAAUUCAGUAGUAAAGGCUAUUUGUGGAAGGGAUGUUUAUUUGGAGGAAUACAAUUGCAUAGAAAUCUUUUUUAAGUUUAGUUUUUUUGAUCUUCAGAAAACUGUGAAAGAAUCCUGUCAGAAAGUCUAUUAAAAAUCUUAAACCUGAUUUGUUGUCUAGUUUUUAUUUAUGCAGUAAGAUGUCCAGAAUAAGAGUGAGCAAAUAUUGUUAAUUUUUUCCUUAUCCUAAUAGCAAUGACUACUAUAUUACCAAAAAAGUGAACAGAUGUAGGAACCCUUGCCUCCACAACAUGUACAUGCUUUUACCUGGAAAAUCUGGGAAGAAAUAGUGUUUUUCUGCCCUAUACUGUAUGCCUAUUUAUAAGAAUCUCAUCUGAAAGCAGAGGAUUCUUGUAUUUAAGUUCAACCUUCCUUUUCAUAAAUAUUAAAACUGAACUCUUAGAAUAGCUGUUUAGGUUAGCUGACCAAUAUUAUCUUCAAAUUCAAAAGUUAAUAAAUAUUCAGUAUUUAAAUCAGAGGUCACAACUAUGUCCUCUGAGGCUGCCUGAUAAAUAGGGCAUAGUUCUUGUUUCUUGGAAAUUUCUUUGAUUUCUUCUUCUGUCUCCUAAGCAUAUUCUUUGAAUAAUAGCUUCUCCCCGACAUACAUAUUUUUGGAGCACAAUGUGGAAAAGUGGACAUUGUGAGAACAGUCACUAUUUUUUGGACCCAUGGACCAAAAAUCAUCCCUUACAGUUGCCUAUUUUUGGAAUUAAUCAAUUCAAUUUCUAUGUACUGAACUAUACAGUGUUUUGACACUGAUUUCUGCUAUAAUAUAUUUGAAUAAUUCAUCAUAUAUGAAGUUUUAUUGUAUAAUCAUGUUUUCCUUUAAAACUGGUUUUAUUUGAUUGUCAUCACUUCUCACUUGCAUCUUCUGAUCUUAAACUUUAGCCUUUUUAAAAACUUAUAAAACAAUGUUGAUUUGUGUGAAUCUUGAUUUAAAAAUCAUCUAGCUGUGGUCUUUUACAUUUCCCAUAAGAUUUAAAUUUUAUCAGAGACCUAUAGAACACAGUCCUGAAAUUUGCAUAUUUUUUGCAGUUUUUUUGUUUAGUUCUGAGUAGGACUGUCAUGUGCAAAACACAAAAUUUACAUGUCAGUCAUUUUUUUGCCCCAAACUCACUUCCAAACACACAACCUAAUUCUGCAGUGAUUAAAGGGUAUUCCUAUGCCUAUCUCUGAAACAUUGUGAAACAGGCAUUCGAUGCAUAUACAGGUGCAAGUAUACUUACUGCAUUGUGCCUGAAUAUAUUUUUAAUUAAUAUAUGAGAUUAAUGGGAAUGCUGCUGUUAAGUGUUUCAGUCAUAAAAUGUGAUGUCAUAUGAUCACACCACUUAGCAAUGCAAUCCAGGCAGUCACAGUUGUAGUGACCCAAGACAAGUUGUUAAGCAGGAAGCAAUGGGGAAGGAGUGCAGGCGUGUUGCAUGGGGUGAAUGGGCCUGAUGCAAGGCACGCAUGAGUUGAGGCUGGGAGCACCGUAGUUCAGCAAGAGCGGCACGACUGCAGAAAGGCCAGAGAAUGGGUGCGGGGUGCAGAUGAGGGUAAAAAGGCACAGCAAGGAGAACACUGAUGGGUGUAUGCAUAUGUGUGAAGAACGACAGGUGCAGGGAAGGAGGGCAUGGGAUACCCAUGAAUACAGGAAGGCAUGGGAAGGAAAGCACUGCGAUAGUAGUCUUACAAAGAAGGCCUAGCACAGUCAGCAGCUGCCUCACAUAGGGCCAGCCAGGGUACUUUUCAGCAGCAGCAGCAGGAAGAUGGCAAAAGUCAGUUGGUCAGGGAAUCUGGGGUUUUGUGCUAUGGCACUGGGGUGGCUGGCUGUGGCAUGGCGCUUGAAGCAAUACUCUUCAGCAAUGACAGUGCUAGGAUAAAGUAGAGAACUAUAACUAAAGUAGAGGUCUAUAAGGGGCGUGCAUAAGAGCACAAGCGUGCCUAUCGUUUCUGUCCUAUUGUUUCCUUUCAUUAUAUCCAAUUAAUAUAGUUAUUACAUACUUAUGCUUAUAUGCUGUAUAGUUAUUUCAUGCUUAUGCUUAUAUAUACUGUUGUGACAAAAUAAAUAAAUAAAAAUAAAACUAGAGGUGGUCAUCUGGCUGAAACUGCUGAAGGCCCUGAGCUAACUCUAACCCUAAAAUGGAGGGAAGACAGGGAGGUGGGAGGAGCUGAUGCUGUCAGCUUAAUAGAUACUUAAUAGACGCAUCCUGUGGUUAUAAUUCAGGUGGGCUUUAAAGCAGACGAAUUUUGACAAUAGGGACUCUUCAAUAGACAUUGUUUUGGGCCUGGGUAUAAGUACCACUUCUUCAGUGCUGCUGUAACUUUGAAACAAAUGGCUGUAACUCAAGGACUGCCUCUACAAGUAAUCCGUGAAUAACUUUUCCAUGAAUAUUGCACACUAACAAAAUAAAAAAUUAAGCUGAAAUAAUAGUGGAAGCCUGGAGAUAGCAAAAUAAAUUUGGAAAUGCAAAUAUUUUCCAUAUCCAUAAAUAGUUGUUUUGAUAAUGGCCUCAGUCUUAAUACUUUUUAUUUCAAACCUGUGUUUCUCAAAGUGUAGUUCCAAUAUCCCUGGCAUGCGUCCCCGUAAGACCCUCACAGGGGUCUGUGAAAUCCAAAUUAUUUGUCAGCCUAUGUUGAAAAAUAAUACAAUAUUAAAAACCCAUCAAACAAUCAUGCGAAGCGGCAGCAGUGAAUGCCUCAAUUUUAAAUUUUUAAUAUUAGAAAUAUUGAAAAAUAUAACCCACUCAAACAAAAGCUGUUUUGAAAUCCUCCAUGGUUUUUAAAAGAGGAAAGGAGACCUGAGAGAAAAAAGUUUAAGAAAACAUUUUGUUUUCUCACAAUUAAUGCUGAGAUAUUAAGUGAUUUUCUGUGAAGAAUUUGAAAUGGCAACAGGGAGUAAUAAUGCUCAUAUACUAAAUAAUUGCGAUCCAGCUUCAUGGUCUGAAGUCGACCAGCCACUUUUAGACCAAAUGACAGAACAGUCACGGGAUACUUCCUGCUUGAAAGCUGCAGAGUGGCCACUGCGGCGUUAUGGCCGAUUUAUGCCUGGAGCUUUGGGCACUGCUUCAGGAUCUUGGAAGGUUUUGGAGUCAAACGAAGAAUCUGGCUUUCUUGUUCUCAGUAUAGUUAUUUCAGGCCAUUUCUUCAUUUCCAGAGGAAAAGAAGUACUGGAAGGAUUUUCAUUAAUUGGUGCUUCUCAGUGGUUAAAGAUAGUACAAAAAGCAGAUUGCAUGUUAGUUGGUUCAAAAUUAAAGAGCAAACAUCGUAUGUUUCGUAUACAAUUUAUUGGAGACUCCAAAACCGAGGCAGAAGAGCAUUGCCAUAACUGCAUGCAGAAACUAGCUGAGUAUAUUCCAAUUCAAAUGACAGACGCAUUAAGGCAGGAACUACACCAAAGCCACUCUCUGCUUCUCACUGAUGAAAGUCAACUGAAAGAUAUAGAACAAAAUGUCCUAUUACAAGAUACUGUUGUAAAUGUAUCUCCAACACAUGGAACAAUGUCUGUAGCAGAGCUAGCCCAGUGUGUGCUGAUACCAGAUAAUCAACUUCCUCUUGCAUAUCAAAAGUCCACAUGGAAUGCUGAAGAUUUAAGCAGCUUUAUUCGCUUGUGCCUGUUGGAUCAAAACUUUCCAGCAUUUGUGGAGGAAGUAGAGAAACAGCUAAAAAAAAUUAUAGAUGGCUAGAAAGCAAAAUUAAAAUCAACCAUAAUAUUGCUGUCAGUUUCUAUUUCUUACCUCUUUAAUUUGCCUUAAGAUUUGAAUAUGUGUUUAUCCUACACCUUAUAAGUCAAAGUGAUAUAUUAUGCUGUUUUCAGUUGUAAUAUGUACAUUACGGUCUAAGCUGCACCUAAUUAUUUUAUAUACAAAUUAAUAUAUUAUAUUAAUAAUGAAUAUAAUUCAUUUGUUAUAUAUGAUGAGUCAUUCUGUCUGUGAUAUAUAUACAUAUAUAUGUAUAUAUCUCCAAUAAUGUGUAACAGCUCAACUCUUUAUAUUUUUGAAGUAAUGAAUUCAAUUACUUCUACCAUUAUAAUGGCUUUAAAGCACUUCAUAAAAUAUAUUUGGAAUUGUUCAACAUAAGUUUUACAUUAAAAAUACUUCCUCUGAAAAAAGAUGCAUUAGUUUUCCCAUUUGUAUUAGCUUGAUGAAUGUUUAAAACAUUCAUCAAAACAUAAUUUGAAUGUUUAAAAUGUGUUAAGUUAGAAACUGAAGUUCUUUUUUAAAAUAAAAGUUAGCUUGAAACAUAUUAAACUGUUGAUCAUAUGAGGAAUAUAUUAAAAUUCAAAGUAAUAAAUCCAGUUUUGUCAGUUUCU